AUCCGAACUUCAGCCUUGCGGUCAAGACAGAUCACAACUAGUCUCCAUCAUAAACUAUUUCUGGAGAUAUUCUGAAGUUGUGACAAUUCCUAUUUUAUUGCAAAGUAAAAUAAAAACUUCUUGGGAUAAAUAAAUAAUUCUUCUAACCUUUGAACUGUGGUGCGUUUUCCAAACACCGGAGCUUUUUGAGAGUCCUUGAACGCACCGUGAGCUCGAGGCUGGUCAGUGAGCGUCGCGGCUGUAAACAGUCUGAGCUCCGGGUGGAUCCGACCAGAACCCGGACCGAGGCCAAGGAACGCUGCGCAGGUCUGCCCACACCUCAACAAUGACCAUCCUGGAGGACGGAGACCUGCACACCUUCAGUCAGGAGCUGCCGGCCGUGUUUGACGGUGUGAAGCUGGCAGCCGUGGCGACGGUCCUCUACAUCCUCGUCCGCUGUCUGAACCUGAUGAGUCCCACUGCACCGCCAGAGAUCGUCUACCAGGACACGCUGCUCAGCCGAUACCUACUGAAGUCCUGCCCCAUGCUGACCAAAGAAUACAUUCCUCCCUUGCUCUGGGGGAAGAGCGGUCACCUCCAGACGGCUCUCUACGGCAAGAUGGGUCGUGUCAACACGCCCACGCCGCACGGGGUUCGCAAGUUCCUCCCGAUGCUGCAGGAUGGGGCUACAGCGACCUUCGACCUCUUUGAAGCCCUCGGAGACCACAGCACAGGAGAUGACAUCACCAUGGUAAUCUGCCCUGGGAUUGGUAACCAUAGCGAGAAAAACUACAUUCGGACCUUUGUGGAUUACUCCCAGCAGCAGGGCUACCGCUGCGCCGUCCUCAACCACCUGGGAGCCCUGCCCAACAUGGAGCUCACCUCGCCUCGCAUGUUCACCUGCGGCUGUACGUGGGAGUUUGCGGCCAUGGUGGGCUACAUCAGGCGAGCCUUCCCCCAGACGCUGCUCGUGGUGGUUGGCUUCAGCCUGGGAGGGAACAUUGUCUGCAAGUAUCUGGGGGAGAACCGGUCGAACCAGGAGCGAGUGCUGUGCGGCGUCAGCGUCUGCCAGGGCUACAGCGCCCUCAGAGCUCAGGAGACAUUCUUUCAGUGGGACCAGUGCCGCCGGCUCUACAACUUUGUUUUGGCGAACAGCAUGAAGAAGCUCAUCCUGCCGCACAGGGACAGUCUGCUGAGCCUAAACUCCAGCAGCAUCGCCGACGCAGACCUGAGUCGAGUGUCUGCAGCGACGUCUCUGAUGCAGAUUGACGACAGCAUCAUGAGAAAAUUCCACGGCUACAGCUCGCUGAACGAGUACUAUGAGAAGGAGAGCUGUGUGCACUACAUCCACAAAAUCACCGUGCCCUUACUCCUGGUGAAUUCCUUAGACGACCCGCUGGUUCACCCGUCGCUGCUGGCUGUCCCCCGCUCCCUCACAGAAAAGAUGCCCAAUGUGAUGUUUGCCCUGACCCAGCACGGAGGCCACAUGGGCUUCUUCGAGGGCGCGGUGCUGCUCCCCCAGCGCCUCUCCUGGAUGGACAAGGCCAUCGUGGAGUACGCCGACGCCAUCUGCCACUGGGAGAAGAAGAAGAGGUGGUCGCUCUGUGAGAGGAGCGGCCACGGAGACGCAAACGUCUGCUCGCUGAACACAGAGGCGACGCACAGCGGGUGACCCACACACGUGCGCAUGCACAUGCACGUGCACAACUUCCUGUGUGUGCGCUUGCUUUGCACACACAGGCUUUCCUGGGACAUGUGCGUGAGUUAGACUGAGUGCAAGAGGACGAACCGGGCGGGAAGUGGAAACACCGCAGCAGAAGAUUCCCUCUGCUGAGCUGCUUCCUCCUCUUUCGUUUAGCUUCUAGUCAAACGGCGGCUCGCCCUCUGCAGGCUGCUGCUUCUGCAGGUUUAGCAGCAGGCUGAACGAAGCGCGGCGAGAGGCGUGAAUAUGUCCUAUGAAUUCAGUCAAGGAAGAAGAAAUCUACCGAGUCAUCCAAGUGGAUUCUGUUCAUCCAUAUAAAACUCUCUGACGGCCUCGCCAGGACUCAAGUGCCUUGAUAUGAAUGCUAAUGCCUGUAAUAGUUUGGUUUCUGAUCCCAGAACACUAAUUCCAUGGUUUAGCAUGUUGCUCAUGUGGGCAGACUGAAACUCACCGUAUCUUACCAGAAGUGCCCGUUUGACACUUUGCACAUUAGUUGGCAAGUGAUUAAUGCCACAGCUUCCUGUUUCUUGUCAUGCAGUGAUUAAAAUCCUCUCUCCGAAAUGAAACUGUUAAUUACAAGAUAAAUGUUCUGACAGAUUU